AUGGGUGUGCAGAUUUCGUGGGGAGAACUCUUCUCCCCGAUGACGUAUGUAAAAUUCACGAAGAAAAUAAACAUCCCUCGCGCGACGUGUUUCGUCGUCUCCGUAAUUUCCGGGAGGAAAUGUUUGUCCAGAGGAGGAGGAUCAUCAUCAUCAUCGGGAGAAGAAGGAACAGAAGAAUCCUUGGUAACGCAAUCGCUCUUCACCGCGCCGAUGAUCGUGUUCAUGCGAGAGUUUCUCGUUGGUACGAGCGAGUCGAGACGGAACGCGUUGCUCGGUGUGGCCACCCCGGUGGUCGCGUCUGUCGUGAGAUUGCGAUGGAUGAAAAAACUGACCGCCUCGGAAGUCGUGAGGGUGUUUGUUCCAGAGAAAGAGAAAAACAAAGCGAAGAAAACGAGCACGACAAAAACACUGUUAAAAACUGGGAAACACGUCAUCUCGUACAAGAAAUUCAUCGAGAACCAUUGCGACGACAAAGGGUUGGUGAACGCGUUUUCGGUGUUGGUGCUCGCGGCGUCGGUUAUGCCGGAAGAUUUGAGAGAAAUGAGUUUCUUACCGGGCGGACCGGUGGUGCGUAUUUUCAGCGACAGGUUCAAAUUCGGCAUCGACGCCGUGCAAUUGCCGAAAUUGAACAUGCCCAGAGUUGGGAACUUUUUCGUUUUUGACGUGUAUUCGGCGCAGAACGAAACGUUGUUUGGAGGUCGAGGCCAAGGGUUCAGGUACAAUCUCUUCUUGACGCCGAGAUACCUGGCGUUUGAUUUACCGAGAUACGCGUUCAAACAGUUCAAACAAUCGAAAUUGGCGAAAGCGAAGUGCAUCGUCAAAUCCCAAAAGUUUGGGUUUGAACUCGACUUGAUCGAAACGUUCAAUCCGUUCACGUUACCGCAACGAGUGUUUUUCCGCGCGAGCAAAGUGGUUGGUCGAGUCGGCAACGCCGUGAUUGCGAAACCGGCGCAGAUGGCGCAGAGACAAUUCGUUCGAACGGUCUUACGAAGAGAACCGAGAGCGCCGAGACAGUUGACGUUUUUCGAACGCUUGCAAGUUAUGCUCGGAUUGGCCGAUCCGGAGCAAAUUGCCAACGAACCAGAAUCGCCGAGAAGUUCGUUGUUGCCGUUCUCGAAGCCAGAGGCGCCGAGCUCGAAAUCUGCCUCCAAAAACGGCAGCAAAAGAGGCUCCAAGGCGAGCUCAAAAGCGGCAUCGGGAAGAAGCACGCCCGCGUUGGCCAUCUUUGGCAGCAAUAACGACGAAAGCACCAUCAGUGGAACAAAAAAGAACGAAAAGAAAAACAAGAAUAACAAAACCGACACCAAGAAAGACUCUACUUCUUACGAGAAAGCUUCCUCCUCCGCCUCCGUCUCGAAGAAGAAAACCUCCAACGACGCCGCCGCCGCCGCCUCCUCCGCGUCCGAUUUGACGCAACUGUUACCGAGAUUAAAAUCCUUCUCCGAAAUCAAAGAAGACGUGGACUCGUUCUUCCAAGGCACGCCGGAAGAGCAAGCCGCGAGAAAGAAAACCCAAGAAGAGGCGAAGAAGAAAUUCGAACAGGAGCAAAAAAAGAAGCAAAAAGAGUUGGCGCAAAAACGCGAGCGCGAGUUGAAAGAACAAAAGAAGAAAGCGCAGGAAGAGGAAAGGUUGAGAGAGUUGGCGGAAGCCGAUGGCAGGCGAAUGGUCGAAGUGAACGAUUCGUACUUUAACAGAUACGUUCCGGACGUCGCGGAAACUUUACCCGCUUUCAAAGCGCCUUCCGCCGUGGAAGUCCCGAAGAAGUAA